AUGGUAAAGCAAAUAAUAUCUUCUUCAAACUUCUUAUUUUUCUCGUUAGCUCUACUAAUCAUCACACCAUCCCCCAUACAAAAUUUUGGUUCUGCUACAUUGGAGGAAGCCAAUGGUAUUCUUAAAUGGAAAGCAAGCCUUGAAAUCCAAAACAAUUCGUUUCUCUCUUCAUGGAUUUCCCUCCCUUUGAAUUCCAGUGCUUUAGUUCCAUGCACUUCUUGGUCUGGAGUAGUUUGCAAUGCUGAUGGGAGCAUUCACAGGUUGAACAUCAGUUCAUUUGGCUUAAAAGGUACACUCCACCAAUUUCCAUUCUAUUUGCUACACAAUCUUACGCAUUUUGAUCUCUAUGACAACAACUUCUCUGGCCCCAUCCCAUCAGAAAUCCGACUCCUCUCCAAACUUGUAUAUCUUGAUUUUUCAGUGAAUCGGUUUUCUGGAGUAAUCCCACCUGAAAUUGGGAUGCUAGCCAGUCUUGAGUACCUCGAGAUGUCUUUAAAUAACCUGACUGGUUCAAUACCACAAGAGAUCGAUCGAUUAACAUGUCUCUAUGAACUAGGAUUGGCCAAUAAUCUUCUUCAAGGAGAAGUACCUCUAACAUUGGGAAAUUUGACAAACUUAGCUUAUCUAUAUCUCCAUAAUAAUAGUUUAUGUGGUCCUAUACCACCUAAUCUUGGGAAUUUGAAGUCUCUCACUUAUCUUGUGAUGAUCAACAAUCACUUUAGUGGUUCUAUUCCUUCAUCACUUGCCAAUCUGAGCAACCUAUGA